CGGUGUGCGGAGUACGCAUCCAAUUACCGCCAAUAUUUCUUCCUUCUUAGAUCUCUACCCUCCAUUUUUCGCCCGUCUCCGUCAUUCCGUUCCCCACUGCCACUGAAAUUGGAGAGAAGAUCCGUACGGACACCAUAACUCCGGCACGAAUCCCGACGCAUCCUUCCCUGGCCUUUUCCAGUUCCAGAUCUGAACAUCCUUUUUCCUCUCUCUCUCUCUCUCUCUCUCUCUGUCCAGAUGCAGAAUACAGCGCAAUCUUGGUUUAUGGGGGGCCCCAGCAGCAGCGAGCAACAGCAGUCGUCGUCCCUGCUCGCCGAUUGGAAUUCCUACGCUGCUUCCAAAUCAGCUCCCGAUGACGGCGGAUCUUCGAGCCUAGGUUUCGAUCUCGAAGCGGCUGUGCGGACCGCCAACGAUACGGUCACCGGAACUUUCAACGUGGUUUCAAAAGGAGUGAGGGACAUACCCGGCAACUUGCAGUCGGCCACUAGCAGUGUUCCUUCUGGGAAGUCGCUCAUGUACUUUGGGCUGUUCCUGGCCACUGGCAUUUUCUUCAUUUUCAUUUCAUUCACCAUGUUCCUUCCAGUCAUGGUGCUGAUGCCUCAAAAGUUCGCUAUCUGUUUCACUCUCGGUUGUACCUUUAUCAUCGCAUCGUUCUUUGCCCUCAAAGGUCCAAAGAAUCAGCUUGCGCACAUGUCAUCACGAGAGAGACUUCCUUUCACUGUGGGAUUUAUUGGCAGCAUGGUGGGUACCAUAUAUGUGUCCAUGGUGCUUCACAGCUACAUCCUCUCUGUGCUUUUCUCUGUGAUACAGGUCCUCUCACUUUCAUACUAUUCUAUUUCAUACUUCCCGGGAGGAUCUGCUGGACUGAAGUUCCUCUCUUCCACUCUUACAUCUUCAAUACUGAAAUGCUUUGGAAGGUGACAUCAAUGUUUUUUUCGUUUCGUUUUUUUUUUUUUUUUUUCCAUUUCUUUCUUCAGGGGUACCGCCAGUAAGAUAUAAAAUGUUAGAUAUACUCAGCUGUAACAGUGAUCAGAUUACUCCUAUAUUUCUUUUGGUUGCUUUGUUUGCUUCAUAUCCAUUCCUUUUUGAAACGCAAAUCUGAUUUUACCUGCCAUAAUUAAUUGGCGGUGUUGUUGGAAGCACUAUCCAAUUGAAUUGCGAAAACUAGUUUAAAUUAAUGAAAAGAAAAAAAAAAAAAAAAAAAGGAAGACUGAAAGAUGUGGAUCCGUUGGAGACUCGAAAUUUGUGAUGCAAACGAGAAGAAGAUGAAGAGGAGGAUAUCCUGGUGAAGGCCCAGGCCUGGACCUAAGAGCAAGCCUGGAUCCGAAGUGGGGCCCAAAACAGUUUUCCAUGGGGUCCAAGAGUUAGUCCAACGGCAGCUUCAGCAUAAGAGUCCAAACCUCCAAUGUGGCUAGAGUUGUGGAUGGCUUUUGAGCCUUUCCAUUGGGCCCCCUAUGUGGAUCCCAUUUAAAUCUUUAUUUAGAGUUCCUUGCUUCUUUUGGGUGGGUUAGGAUGAAAACAAUCAAGUGAUGAGAUUGUAAUAGGAAACUGGGGGUUUUUUAUGGUAUAUGAGGCUGAUUAGUCACCUGCAGAGAGUUUUUGAGAUUGGAGACUAUUUUUCUGUUCUUUGGAGGAAAUGUAGAGAUGGAUGUUUUGGGUUUUGGGAGACUAUUUUACAUGUCAAAUUGAAGGGCAUCUUCUCUCAUUAUUAUAUUGCUUGUGCAGUCCUGUUAUGUUUUAA